CUUCUGUCAAAAUCCUCUUCAGCAUCUUCAUCGGUUUACUUAUCCUCUACACGAUCUAACACCUUAAUCCCGCCCAUAUGUCUUCCCGACCCAUCCCAUUCUUCCUCCGUCCAUACUUCAACUCUCGCUACCCAGUCCCCCUCUCAUCCGAGGGUUUUUCUCCGCCAGUAUGGACCACAUCCACAGUUCCUCUCGCCGCAGAUCCUCCCACCGUACAGUCAAAGACGAAGACAGAGGCGAAGCAACCUUCGUCUGUACGGUCUGCUGGCGUUCCCAAUAUGCUCCGUCGAAACCAAAACUCCUCGGCUCUUCGGCUCGGAUCGUGUGUAAGCCGUGCUGGAAAGCGGUCUUGGAUCUGAGUAUCUGCUGGGUUUGUGGGGAGUAUAUCGUGAGGGGAGAUGAGGUGGUGAGUCUGGGGUGGUGUUUUUGGCAUAGGGCUUGUUUUGGUUGUUUGGUUUGCGGGACGAGGAUGAGUGUUCCUUGUCACAAGGAGGGGGUGGAUGGGAGGUAUAGAGGAGAGGUGGGUAUGGGUGUGGAGCUGGUAGAUAUCCCGCUUUGUGGUGUUUGUGGGGUGGAGAUGUCGGGAGAGAGUCCGGGAUUGGUGCUUGAGAAGGGUCUGGAGAAUGUUUCGAGGUUUGAUGGUGGGUUGAGUAGGGAGCGGUUGCAGAGGUGGUCGGAGGUGAGUAAUGAGGAUGAAGAGGAGGCAAUUGGGGACAAGUCGCGAUCUGUAGGCUUGUCACAAUCCAGACGCCAACUUCAUCACGGGGAUAGUCCGACACCGAGUAGGAAGAGAUGUCCAAAAUGCACACAACGCCCAACAUCAAACACUCGUAACAUACAUUCAUUGCUCCACAGUGCAAUGAAUACGAGAAUAUCAGGAGAUGGCAGUGUCGACGAAUCUCGAGUAGGAGACCCUUAUGUUGAGUCUCACAAGCAACCCAGACCAGAUGAAGAGAGCUCUCCGGUGUACGUGUCAGUACUCGAUCCUAUUGGGGGCCGUGCCUUCGAGCCUAGCAAGACGAAGCCUCUCCCUAAGUGGAUGCACUUGCUUCCGAACAACAUCCAUAGAGGAAGAGAGCAGGAAGAGAAGGAUCGUGAAACUUAUGCUUUCGAUAAUAUGUCGAAGGGAUACCAGACUGCUUCAGUGUCCUACGCUCAAGCAGAGAACGGUCAUCAUGAAAGCGAAAAUUCCUCUAGAAAUGUUACACCUAAAACAGCAGAAACUCAAACAGACGUGCGGGCGCCGCCAAUGUACAUCCCAAAUGCCCACCAACAUACUCGAAGUCGUUCUAAGAUCACCUUCGAACCACAUUCAGAAGCGAAACCCCUUGAAGCAAAUCAACGGGAUACUCGAAGAUCCCAUACCAUCGAGAGCGCUUAUAUGACUCCUCCAGAAUAUCCUCGACAGAAGACACCGCUCCCACGGCUACCUCGACCUUCUAUCGAUCACCAAGACACUUCUUAUUUUUCGCAUCGUCCUAGCGAGAGCAGUAUCAAAGACUCAUGGGAACGGGAGGAUAUCUGCUGCGGGCUAGGCUCACCACAGAGAGAACCAACACCUACACCAGAACAGAUGUCCCCUCCUCAGCUUUGGAGUCCGCCGUUAUCUCGGCGACCAAACUUGGCACCAUCUCAAUCAUCAGAAUAUCUGGAGAGAUACCGACCGAAGAGUGCUGCUACGAAGCAUGAACGAUAUGUUGCUAAAGACCCUGAACCCAUUUUAGACAAACUCAAGAGACAAAGAGUAGGCAAUCAAAAUUUGGAGCAACAAGUGGCAGAAGAGAGAAUCAAGAAGAGGCGGGCGAGUGAGAGGACCAAAAGCCCGAAAUUGGCAGAUGAAGAGUAUGGGCUUGAUCCUAGAAGGAAGGACUUGAAUCAGGAGUUGAGAAGUCUGUUCUGUGAGGAAUAG